AUGGCUAUGGACGAGAUGUAUAUAGACGAGAUAACUAUUAUAGACGAGAUGGAUAUAGAAGUUGAGUGUCUAAACUUUCACAAUGGGAGUAUUAACGUUCCGAGUUCCAUUAAUGGGAAUUUCAGCACGAGGAUGGCGGCUGGCGUAUUUUACAUACCAAAAUAUAACAAAGCCCCUUUAGGGGAAGAUGCACAUUUUAUUUGCAUAGAGGAAGAAACCCUAGGUGUAGCCGAUGGCGUUGCUGGCUGGGCAAAAAAGGGUAUCGAUUCUGGAGAAUAUUCGAGACAGUUGGUUAAAAACGCUGAAUUAUCGAUUCACAAGCAGAAAGAACGAGGGAAUAAAAUUCACCCGAUGAAAGUUCUCAAUGAAGCUUAUUUUAACACGAAAUCUCAAGGUUCAUCGACAGCUUGUAUUUUGACUUUAACGUGUGAUAUUGUACACGCGGUCAACGUUGGAGAUAGCGGGUUUGUUGUUAUAAGAGACGGGGUAAUAGCAUACAAAUCAGUAAUUCAGCAAAAAAGAUUCAAUUGUCCCUUUCAGUUAGGGAAUGGUUAUACAUGUGACGAUCCAAGCGUGGCACAAGAAAAUUAA